CUGCCUCCAACAUGCGCUCGCCAUGCGGCAGUGUUGUGCUGCACAACUUGUGCAUUUGACGUUGAAUGUUGCCAAUUCAAAUUAACUCUUUGAAGAGACGCUUGGGACCCCAAGCAGACAUCGAAAAGGAUGGCCCUCAGCGCCAUGGAGGAUGUACCGCCCAAUGUAGGUUGGUGCAAAUAUAAUCAAUCGCCUACGCAACGCAGAAGUUUGUCAUGGGCCACAACCUGUCGUCCACCGCCUCGGUAGCUUCAGUAAUUAUCAAUUCUGGACAGGCACCAGGUACAUGUACUGGAAUCCGUGGCAGUGCAACGAAUGCCUUUUGCGACCCAAGCAGCCCAAAGGGUGGUUUCGUAUCUUUGCUUCAAGUGUCCAAGACCCUGGAUUUGAGAGCGAGCUUGUGCAAAUCUCGCUUGCGAGCGAAAUGUCCACAUGCUGCUGGGGGACGUUUUCGGCAUUGUACAUGCGGCAUCAGGCUUCCAGGCAGGAGCUGUGAAAAAAUUAGAAUGCUGGAUUAAUAAAAGCCCGAAUUCACCAAAAUAAACAAUUCAGUUAACUACA